AUGGGAGACUAUACACCAGAUGUGGCAGGCACGGGGGUGCCAACACUUGCCGGAAAGCAAGUCGAGACCGCCGAUGUCAAACCCCCAAGCGGGGUUCUAUACCAUCAACUCCGCAGAGAACCCUUGAACAUCGUCGGUGGAAGAGGCAGUUAUCUCAUCACUGAUACCGGUCUGGAAAUCCUAGAUGCGACAUGCGGCGCAGCAGUCUCCUGCCUGGGCCACAGUGACGAACGAGUACACGAAGCAAUCCUGGAACAGCUCAAGAAGAUCCCUUACUGCUAUUCCAUGUACUUCACCAACAGCGCUGCAGAGAGUCUGUCAAAAUUCCUGGUAGACUCCACUGGAGGCAAGAUGUCUCGUGCUUAUAUUGUGAGCUCGGGUACCGAGGCUGUUGAGGCUGCCGUCAAAAUGUCUAUCCAGUAUUUCACAGAGUUACCGGUUCCUCAACCCCAGCGUGUGAAUAUUAUAUCUCGAAAGUCGUCCUACCACGGCAAUACACUUGGGUCUCUUGCUGUUGGACAUCAUGCGGCCCGAAGGAGGAUUUAUGAGAGCCUUCUGUCAAAGAAUGUGCACCAUAUUUCACAAUGUUACCCGUACAGAGGGAUGAAGACCAAUGAAAGCGUUGAAGACUACGUUGUGAGAUUGGCUCGAGAGUUGGAAGACGAAUUCCAAAGACUUGGUCCUGAUACAGUCUGCGCUUUCGUGGCAGAGACUAUGACCGGAGCCACACUCGGCUGUGUGCCCCCCUUGCCAGGCUAUCUCAAAGCAAUGAAAGCAGUCUGCGAGAAACAUGGUGCCCUCAUGAUCCUGGACGAGGUUAUGUCCGGCAUGGGCCGCACGGGAACGCUCCAUGCCUGGGAACAGGAAGAUGUCGUUCCAGACCUUCAAACUAUCGCCAAAGGUCUAGGUGCAGGGUAUGCGCCUAUUGCUGGUCUGCUCAUUAACAAGCACGUCGUCGACACAUUAAGCAAUGGAACGGGUGCUUUCGUUCACAGCCAGACAUACCAAGGUCACCCUGUUUCCUGUGCGGCAGCGUAUAGGGUACAGCAAAUCAUUAAAGAGGACAAUCUGUUACCGAAUGUUCGUGCGAUGGGCGAGUAUCUGGGUCAGAUUCUUCAUAAGCGUUUGGAUGGCCAUCCUCGUGUUGGUGAUAUUCGCGGCCGGGGUCUAUUCUGGGCUAUGGAGUUCGUCCAGGAUAAGGCGACGAAGGAGCCGUAUCCGCCAUCCAAGGCGCUUUCUUGGACUUUGCACACCACAGGCCUUAAGCCUGAAUAUUCGAUUUCUCUGAUGCCUGGAAGUGGUGGCAUUGAUGGUGUUAAUGGUGAUCAUAUUAUUCUGGCGCCACCCUAUAACACUACUCGUGCUGAGAUUGACUUGAUGGUGGAUCGGACUGUCCGGGUCAUUAAGGAGGAUGUCUACAAUGCCGAAAGAAACACAAUAAAUGCGAUGAACAACAGCCAAAAUCCUACAUUGUCAAGACAUAAACCUCGUCGCAGAGACAUCCGAACCGCAGAACUAGAAUCACUAGCUCGUUCUCCGGCGUUGUUCGCAGACACAUGCUUCGAAUCCACCGAAGAAAAGUCUGCAUGGGAAUACUACGUGAGGCUCGUCUCAUCGAAUGUCCCUGCGCUAGACGGACCAGACAACCCUUACCGACAACUCUCCAUCCCAGCUCUAUCAUCCCCCAUUCUGCUCGAGACGAUCAUCUGCAUAGCAACAGAGCAUAUGCUAAAUUUCGGAUUAACAAGCGUCGAUCUUGCAGCCCGACGUCAGCAACGAAUGCUAAGAACCCUGGGACAAAACCUGAUCAACAUAGAUGCAGAAAUCAAUAGCAACCCGGCAACCAUUCCGUCAGCCAACAAACCCGAAAGAGAAGCCCUUCUCACAGCCGUCGUCCUACAAGGGAUUGUGGUCGCACAAACAGCGGAUGGUGUCCUGGAGCCCCAUGUCAAAUGCGCAUUUUGGCUCAUGCAAGCACUGGGUUACUUCGCAGAAAUACCACAGAACCCCAUCGCACGCCUGAUAGUCCAACGCUUCGGCAUGGUCGACCUAAUGCUAGCAAUAUCCCGACAGCGUAGACCAUACGCACCGCAAACCUUCAUCCUUAAUCAACCAAACCAAAACCACUGGGAUACAACCGAGCCAUCAUUCCAUAAAAUGACAGGAUGUCCACAGCCACUAAUGUGCCUCCUGGUCCGAAUAUCACACCUGGCAUGCGACAUGAGCGAAAAUCUAGAAACAGAAGCGGGCACUGAAGCCACCAUCCUCGCCGAGGCAUUCAAACUAGACAGCGAACUCCGUGCAUGGGGCUCCGAAUACAUGUACAACGGCGAGAUCCCAGCGCCGUGUGAACGUACACCCUUGGACAUCCUAAGCGAAUGUUUCUACUGGACGGCGCAUCUUUUACUUGCGCGCCGCGUCUUCCGAGACCAGACCUGCUCGCUGCGGGUACAGCAUCUGCCGUUUUACCUUGCGGCGAGGGAGGCUGUAUCACCCGAGGAUCGGACCUGGGUUCGGCGGAAGCAUGAGUCUAUGACAGCGUACUAUCGGGAGCAGCAGCGGAAUUCGGCUAUGGGGCUUAUUGAACGGAUAUGGGAGGUUACUGAUUCGCUACGGGAGGCUGAGGGUGGGGCUGUGAGAUCUACUGUUGAUAGACAAUAA